GAUCAACGUGUAUAAACAUGGACGUACGCUGGCAGUGGACUGCACUGCAGUAUAUAACUUGUUCAUUACUGAUAGUCGAGUGUGCUAAAAAGAAGAAGGAACUCCAAAUAAUUACAGAGCACAAGCCUGCAGACUGCAGUGUAAAGGCAGGCGACGGAGACCAUGUUGAAGUUCAUUAUACGGGGAAAUUAGAUGAUGGUUCUGUGUUUGAUUCUUCACGCACUGAGGGCAGGUCACCCCUGCCAUUUACACUGGGAGCAGGGAAAGUUAUUCCAGGUUGGGAACAAGGGAUUUUAGGGAUGUGUGUUGGUGAGAAAAGAAAACUUAUCAUUCCAUCUCAUCUCGCUUAUGGUAAAAAAGGGCACCCCCCUGUCAUUCCAGGUGGAGCCACUCUUCAUUUCGAUACAGAGCUAGUGGGACUGACUAAGAAAACCGUUGAAGGGAAACUACUGAAGACUCUUCAGUUUCUGUUGAUCCCAGCAGCUGUUCUCAUGCUUUUAUACUAUUUAUAUGAAAGAUUAUCUCAGGCUCCAGCAAAAGAGGAGAAGAAAAGCAAGAAAAAACGCAGAUAGUUUAACGUUCUAAAAAUGUUUUCUUUA